UCUAAUACGGUGUGGUAUCCAGUUAACAAAUGUAAUUCAGUAAAAUAACACAUUACCUAUAUCGAGAGUAUCUAAUUGUGUGUGACUGUUGCCACACGUCUGUCUCCAGCGUAAAUUUGCUGUUUCUGUCUAUAAAAAUGCAUCCUGCCCAGGUGGGACUUACUAGACAGAUUACGUACUGAUAGCUGCUAUCGCACUGUUCAGAACCCCGUACCACAGGACGUUGGGUAAGAAAUGUGUAGGCAGUAGAGAUGACAUCAUCAAAAUAUUUAACUUUCCAAUACUUGUGAAAGGAGUAAGCAGUUAAAGAAUGUUGAUACUCUUUCCUCCACCUUCAACCUGCAGGGUAGAAUAGGUUAUUGAGAAGUUCCACUUUUAUGCAUUCCCGGCCAGGCGGCCAGACCCUACAUGGUUGUAUAUGGCGGUAGUACAAAUGAUAAAUAUGUGCACUGCUCUUCAUGUUGGGCGAAUGUCUCACGACUGCUGUUGACAGCUACCUGUUAGUGACGGGAAGAGGCUCUAUACACAAGUCUAAGUAUUUACCGAACCAUGGGUAGACAGGGUUCUAUAUGCAAAUGACCCUUUUCCCCGCCUUCCAGGUGCUGUUUUUCCUUAGUGUCGACUGUUGCGUGAGCGACCAAAGAAGUGAAUUAUCUUCGCUAAUAGGCUUAUCUGCACAGACGGACUGCUGAGGAGAAACUGUGCUCGAUAAAGAGUCUGUCCUUUAGCGAGAUCACGGAGAUGCUGACGAACACGCGACGAACUCGAACCUGUUCGGUUAAGAUGCUAAAGGUGUGAAACUGUUCCAUAAAGGACGGACCGAAAAUCUUGUGACAGUGUUUUGCUAGAAUGAAGCUAUGACAGCACCUGGAAUCUUUACUUUGUUAUUAGGCUUCUUGAGAAACAUCCAGAUUCCUCAUUGUGGAGGAGGCUACUUACGGGAUUGAAGAAUGUUUCCUAUUUAUUGUGUGCAUCACAUUUGUUCUGAAAUGUCCUACUGGCUCCUUUUUUUCAUGUUUUCGUGUGGAUUAUGUAAAGCAGCUGAGGUGUUCAACUUGGACUGCACCAAUGACUACCUUAGUGACAUGACCUGUAUCUGGGAAGCUGAUGAAGGCGUUAACUGCACAACUGAGUACACACUGCUUUAUGAGAGACAAAAUAAACCUUUAUUAAAUGAAUGCAUUCCCAGCAACAGCAGAAUAGAUGAUAAUAUUCUGGACACACAGUGUGAAUGUAAUAUCAAAGAUCUCUACUUUGUUGCUGCUGAUAAUUUCUUAGUAACAGUUAUGUCUCAUGGAGAGGAGUUACUCAACAACACCAUAGAGGUUCCAGACAAAAUUAAACCAAAACCACCGUAUAACCUUACUGUUGAGAAGAAUGCAGAUGAAAAUUUUGUUCUGAAAUGGGAACAUUUUUACAAUGGAAGCUUUCUGGAACACUUUCUCAGGUUUGAGGUCAAUUACAGAAGAAAGCAAGAUCCAGAAAAGAAUUCAACUGUUCGUGAGAGCUCUAACGACAAAUCUUUCAUAAUAAUAAACAGUGAACUGGAAGCAAAAGCUGAUUAUGUUGCAAAAGUGCGUGUUAUGCCAAAGAUAAAUUAUAAUGGAGAAUGGAGUGACUGGUCUCCAUACAUUGAAUGGAACACAGAUUACACUAUUUCUUUCAAAGAUAUUUUUCCGAUUAUGAUGCCUAUGAUCUGCUUUCUACUGGUUAUUCCAAUAUUUAUGUGCUACUGUGGUAUCACUUAUGUGAAGAAAAUCUGGAGCAAGGUUCCAAAUCCAUUCUACAGUGAAGCAGCAAAAUUUCAGCUUUAUCCUGUUAGUGCUACGUAUGAUCCCGGAUACAAGAAGGAUGAUGUUAUACUAUCCUACUUCAAUUUUGAAGAUUAUCCCAAACACACCGGCAGCCUGGAUGAAGAUAACUGUAUAAUUUUCAAAGGUGAUAGAUCAUUUAAUGACAGCGUGUCUGGCUUGCUCUUUGGUUCUCAAAACUGGUUUAGUGAUCCCUUCUCAAAGUUGCUAGUAAAUCAGCAACUUAUUUUACCUGAGGAUCGUUUGUUCAACAGGCAGUCUGAAGAGCAAUUGCCUGAUAGGAAAACCCAAUUCCAAAUUAAAGAGCAAUUGUUUGAUAACUCUUCUGAAUUCCCAUUGUAUGCUUCAGAGAGUAAAUAUCCCCGCUUUGUCUGUUCCUACACAAAUCCACCCCUUCGUUCUAAAGACUGGGGUUAUCCUGAAGCAGCAAUAUCUGAGUUGCCUGAGUUAAAUCACCAUAGUUUUAAAAACUCAUCAAACAAUAUAUGUUCUUGGUCAGAUGUUCUCUUCCAUCAUACUGCACCUGAGUGUGUUACACCUGACAAAGAAAAAUAUGGGGAAAGGGAUCUUGAAAGUAGUAAUUAUAAGUCAUUUACAAGCUGCGUUGAUGAUUGUCUACCAGACAUCAAUGGUAACAAAAGCACACUAAGGAAAACAGUGAUUGUAGAUGAGAUGUCUGAAGGAAUGUGUGCAUCCUUAUGUGUAUCAGAAAUGCAUGACUCACAGCACUUUAACAGCAAGUUAAGGAUGCAUCCAUCUGGUUUGGCUGCAGACGGAUACCAGAGUUUUAAUAACCUCAUUUCUCAGCCAUUUGGACAAGAGCAGCAAGCUGUGAUAGUAGACACAAUGUUUUCUUCUCCGGCUGUGGGACGAUCAGAAAUGCCUCCAUCCAGUGAGAACCCCACAGAUGAUCUAUUGACUGGUGAUAGUAACGCAAGAUUCACCUGCAAGUCUAGUGAGAUGCUUACUAAUGAUAUGUGUUAUAGUAUAGAUGAAGAAGGAAAACUGAGAGAAGAUAUGGAGGCAUCACUGCAACACAGAGAAGCAAUGAAUGUGCAACUUCAGGAAAUGUGCCAGUCUGGUUUAACCCACUGGUCUCCAGACAAACCUCACAUUUGUAGUAGUAAUUUCAUUAGUCCUCUUUUUGCAGAGCACACAGUUGAAAACUGGACUUCCCUGCCACCAUUUAUUCCACAGUUUGGUCUUGGGGAAUAUGAUGGCACAGAUUCCCCUUCUUUGCUUACUGAUGAUAACUACCAGAGCUUUGGCAGCCUUGCCAACCCAGGGGAAGCAGAACAAAGUAAUGAGCACAGUAUCCUGAAGUCUGAUAGAAAAGAUAAUGGUUUAAGCAAAUGUGCACACGUAAACUGUUUCCAGCUUCCAAUACCGAACUUUCAUCUUCCAGUUGAUGAUAGUGUCAAUAAAUCUGACAUGGAAGUAAAAAGCCUGAAAGAGUCUAAUGAUGUACAUAGUAAUGACAGUGGGAUUUCAGUGAAAACUCCAGACAAAUCGUUAAAGUCUGACAAGAUAGCCAUUAAUAAUAUAUUGAGCAGUGUAGUGGCAAAAGCAGACUUUAUGACUGAUGCAAAGCACGAGUGCAUUUUGGAUUCAAAAGAAGUUGAUUGCCAUCAUUCUAACAGCAUUGCCUCCUGUGACUUGGGUGACAGACCAGUAGAUCAUAUAAAAAUAGGUGUAGCAUGUCAUGGAUUGGAUACAUUUGUAAGCACUGGUUACCAGGCAUCUGAAUGUGCUGUCAACAUCAAAGAUAAAAGAAGCAUAAAAGAGAACAGUGAAGACAGAUGCAAACAGAGGUUUGUUAGCCCUGAUUCAAUGUGCUCAUUUAAAAUGAAUGUUUGUCCUCAAAAGUCAGUAAAGGCACAAGAUCAGCAGCAGAUAGAAGGUAAAACUUCAGACCUGAAGUAUAAAGCUUUGCUGCCAAAUCAAGAGACAUAUUUGUCUGAUCAUGUGGAGGACAAAACUCAUCUGAAGACCCUAUUGGCUAAAUUAAGAGACAGCACAGUGAAUUCUUCCUACUCUGACGACAGACCUUUACACAUAUGCUCUGAAACAUGCUCUCAGUGUUCUACAAGAUCCGUUUGUGAUGAUUUAAACAUUGAAGCAGAUGAAACUGAUUAUUGUGAAAGUACAUGUGUCAAAGAGCACAGUGAGAAACAGCAUCUCAAAGGACAAACUGUAAGCAGUCAGUUUAUGAUGGUACCCAUUCAGGAGAGCUCUGAUGAUGAAGACAGUAUAUACAUGAAGGUUGCAGUGUUAGGCAGCCAGAGUGAUGAAAGCAGGCACAUUAAUCAUAAAAUGAUUAACUCCAAACAUAAGAAACAUUUUGGAAGACAUCUGCCUAUCAAGCAGUGGAUUUUCAAUUAACUUUGCUGUUUCCUCACCAAAAGAUGGCACUAAAUUCAACUCUAGUUGUUUGUAACCCUAAUGCAAUUGGCACUGGCAAAUGCUGACUGCUUACAUUGCAGGAACUAAAAUCAGUUUUUCAUUUAUGGCUAAUUUGUAAUAAUUUACAGCUUUUUACACAUCAUCUUUUUUAUUUCCUGAACUUUUUAACAACUCAUGAUAUUUCGCAGUUCAGUCUGGACUGUAUUAUGAUAAGGGAUUUGAAUGUUGAAAUUAAUCAGUUAUAUAAAAUCAUAUGCACCGAGAACAUGCAAAGCAUUAUUGAAUGUAAAUGCAAAUCAGUGUGUGUAAUAACUUGAAUGGAUGCCACUUUAAAUAAGAGAUUACUGUAUAUACCUCUCAACAUCUUUGCUCAAGAAUUCUGGACAAGACCAAAAAUAAUGGCGGGACAAAAGUUCCAAAAUCAGCCAUACUUUUUGUAAAUAUUACUUUAAUUCUCCUAAAAAAAUAAUAGCACACCAGGUUUUGCAUCUGCAUGCAUUUUCUUAUUAAGAAGCAUGAGACUGUAAUGUCAGGCAUUACUAACUGACUGCAAUCCUCAUUAGUUUUCCAGAAAAUCAAAACUUUUGAGAGAAAUAUGUCAAAAAUAUGAAGCAAAGUCAGGGACAUUUGAGAGGUAUGUUACAGUACAGAAGUGCAAAGUAAUAUUUAAUAUGCUGCACACUGGCUGAAACCAUAAGGCACAUGAGGCUGAACUUAUAAAUGGCUUUCUCUGAGAAGAGAGAAUUUAUGUUUGUGCAACUAGCAAGAUGGAUGAUGAGGGCUCCCUUCCAGGCACAUCAAAGUACCUUCCUGCUGCCUUCCUCCUUGUUGAAGCUCAUCUGCAAAGGCGGUAUACAAAUGUACCCCCCCACACUAGUACUGAUGUUAGCUUUGCAUGAUUAAUGAAGAUGGCAGGUAACACAGUGAAGGGAACAACUAUACUGCAAGUAUCUUGGAGUACAGGAAGUACAGAUGUUCUCAGAAGUAGAACCAAGUGAACCAGGUAUCAAGGAGGAUCUACAUACACCAGAUAUGGUAUUUUGUGGCUAAUGAUAUGCAUUGUCACGUGACAGUCAAGGACUCUGAUAGACCAGUUAUUGUAUCCUGUCCACUGUGAAGUGUACCACUGUUGCUAGAGUUGCCUAUGUGGAUGCAGGAGUUGCAUCUCAGGGCAUAAAUAUGUAACCCUGGCAAUGUCACUUAGACACUAUAACACGUCAUGUAAUCAAACUGCUGUGGUAAGCAAUGUGUAAGAAAACACUUAAGCACAGAAUGUUUGUGUUCAGGAAAACUGAAGCAGCCUGCAUUACAAUGUAUCAGACCUUCCGCUGUGUGUGUAUUAAUGCAUCCUCUGAUCUGCUGUGGACAUUUUUGUUUAAUGCAGUGCCAAGCAUCUGUGUUGCUCUCUAUUUGUCAGGAUGACUAUUCUAGUAAGUAUAUCAAACAGAUUCAUGUUUGUAUGGGUGUAGUAUGUAUGACUUAGUACGAAUGAAUGUAACCCACUGUAUUAUGGUUACAGUUGCCAUACUGCGAGAAAAUUCCUAUCUUUGCAGUCUCAAUUUCUAGACCAUGAAGGAAUGAGACGUUGGACAAGUGGACAGACCCAACACAUUUCAUGUUUCUGAUGGCUGAUUUUAAAACAGAAUGUAAAGUCCAGGGGUACAGAACUAAAUAACAUGGCGCCUAACAUACCAAGGGUACUGCAGUGAACUGCAAAUUAAUCCAAAAAAUAAAGUCCAUGUCAGACUAUUUGCUGUUCAUUUAGUAUUUACAGCAGUGUAACAGAUUA